CUAUACCAGUUUAUGUAUUCAACUGGAAGUCAUGCCGCUUAUAAUUCUAAGCGGUUUUCCAAGUAGUGGUAAAAGUAAGAUCGCCAAUGAAUUAGUGAAGUUUUUUACUGAAGAUAAACAAAAGAAUGUCAAGCUCUUCGGUGAUGAUCAAUUAAAAAUAAAAAAGAAUGCUGUGUACUCUAAUUCGCAUCAAGAAAAAGAGGUUAGGGGUAAUCUGAAAUCGUUUGUGCAAAGACAUUUAUCUAAAGAUUGCUUAGUUAUUUUGGACUCAUUAAAUUACAUAAAAGGGUAUCGAUAUGAACUAUUUUGCGUAACCAAAUCUUGUCAGACACCUCAAUGCGUUAUACACGUCGCAACAAGUAUCGAUAAGUCGAGAGAGUGGAACUCUCAACGCCAGGAAGAUGAGAAAUAUGAGGAGUCUAUCUUUGACGGUCUGGUUCAAAGGUAUGAAUGCCCCGAUUCAAUGAAUCGUUGGGAUUCUCCAUUGAUAACUAUACCGUCAGAAGAGAAGGUUCCCGUUGAGGAAAUUUUUGAAGCUUUAUACGUUCGAAAACCACCUCCAGCGAAUAUGUCAACACAAUCCCAACCACUCUCAGAUGGAAAUUUUAUGCAAGAACUGGAUGGUAUCACCCAGCGUAUUGUAAGCGCAAUUAUUGAUGCUCAAAAAACUUCAGUCAUCGGAGAUUAUGUUACCAUAAAGAAUGCGAGAGAUAAAGUUCAUCUAACUAAACACUUUACAUUAGCAGAACUUCAAAGAAAACGAAGGCAGUAUAUCUCUUUUACCAAAACUCAUCCUAUCGAUAUAGAUAAGAUUCCAACAAUGUUUGUACACUUUAUAAACAAGAUUGACUGA